AUGUUGGUGAAGCUGAGGUUAUCAAACAAUCUCCCGUGGUGCGUUUUGGGCGAUUUCAAUGAUUUACUGCUUCAUGAAGAGAAGAGAGGCGGAGUAAACGGGUUCAGAGAGGCACUGUUUGCUAGUGGUUUGGAGGACUUGGGUGCGGCAGGUUAUAAAUUUACCUGGUCUCGCGGCAAAGAUGCUGGUUCGAAGGUUGAAGAGAGGCUAUAUAGGGUGUGUUGUAAUAGCGAGUUGCUUGAGAUUUUCUCGGAAGCUCAUGUUCGUAAUAAGGAGAUGACUACUUUGGACCAUCUUUGGGCUGUUGAGGGUGACGUCCAAAGCAAGCUGAAAGCAGUGAGGGAUGGGUUGAAAGUGUCAAAUGGGAACCAUGGUCCAAACUACAAGAAAAAACUCUCUAAUAUCAAUGCGCGUAUGGGUAGAAUGCAACGAAGAAAUGACCAAGCUGGCAUAAAUCAGUUUAAAGCUUUAUCCAGUGAGUAUGAAAGUAUUUUGUUGGAGGAGGAGGUAUAUUGGAAGAUACGGGCGAAGUGCCAUUGGCUAGAAGAAGAAGAUGCUAACACGCGUUUUUUCCACAAACGCGGCAAACACUAG